AUGGUGUGCCCGAAACAAGUGGUUCGGGAAUACGAAUUAGUGAGCAAAAGUCAGGCAGUUUGCUGGCUCCAGAAGAUUACGAGUGGUUCUAAUCAGAACUGGGACAGUUCCAAUAAUUUGGGUGUCAUUCCGAUCGUCAACAUCCUCUAUUCCGCGGGUAUCAAAUUUGAGCGAGGGCCGACUCUGCAACAUGUUGGUUUGCCUUGCAAAAUUUGGGGUGACACUCAUGGACAAUUUGACACAUUCAAAGCGAUGUUCGAGAAGGAGAUGUUUGAUUUUAAGCUGAUAAAGUGGAAGAAGGGAAAAGUUUUGAUCAACGGAGACAUCCUCGAUCGUGGAACUCAAAGCCUUCGCCUCUUCUUGCUCAUCUUGUUGCUGAAAUUGAUCUGGCCAGAUAAAGUAUUCAUUAACCGUGGAAAUCAUGAACUUGAAAACAUCAACGCGGCGUAUGGAUUCUUGGAUGAGCUGAAGAGGGAUUGGGGAGAGGACUGGUCGAAAAUUUAUGACGCCGCUCUAUUCGUCUGUGACCGUCUUCCACUAGCUGCAAUUAUUGGUAGAAGAGCUUUCUGCUGUCAUGGAGGACUCCCAAAGAAUCUGAAAUUUGUGGAGCAGAUUGCCAACAUUGCGCGACCAAUUCGUAAAAUGAAAGACGGUACCAUUGCUAAUGAUUUGGUCUGGGGAGAUCCGAAACAUAUCAUCGAGCUGGUCAAAAAACUGGGUUUCUACUUCAAUCGAGACCGUGGAACCGGCACUCAAUUCACCGAAGAUGCUGCUAUCGAGUGGCUUAAGAAAUUCCAAUUCGAUUUUUCCAUCCGCUCUCAUUCUCUUUGUGAUGGACAUGGUACGUUCGCCAGUCGGCAUGUGAUCACCGUUUUUUCGGCACCCGCCUACGAGGAAACUCAUAAUAAGGCAGGCGUGUUGAAAAUCUCCAAGAAUUGGGAAAUCACUGGAAGCUUGUACGCUGUGGAAACUGACAAGAAAGAGUUUGAUGGACAGGAACAGAAUACUCUUGUCAGCGAGGAAGUCAAAGUUGACUCCGUUGACGAUGAUGAAGAGGGGAAAGUUGUGAAACCGGCGAAAGGAAUUCCGAAACAUCAAGCUGUUCGAGUCAAAAGAACAAAAGAAGUGAAUCCAACUGACCAGAAUCCUGACAAGAAGGCCAAGAACCCAUCCGUCGAGCCUGUUCGGCAGGAUGCUGGGAAAUCUGAUGAGAAUAAACAAGUGGCAAUUGAUGUAGAUUCAGAUACAGAUCCAGAUGACGAGGAUGAGCCAGGAACCGGAAAUAAAAAAGAUGGCUCAUACUGCUCCCUAACUUCUGUUUUCCUGGUCUUUGCUUUAUUUGCCUGUCUUGGUGUCGUCGGAUUUUUCGGUCUUCCCCAUGUUGCAGCCAAACGUUCUCCGUCUUUCACUCUGGAACAGUUCUCUGAAAAAAGUUCGACUCUGGCUCGAUUCGUGAAUGGACUCUAUCUUGGACAGAGCUUAUCAAAUGGGACGUUAGACAAAAUACAACUAAUUGAUGAACUGUUCUAUCUGGGACCAAGUGUCACUUUGGAUUCUCUCUCGAAAUCUGAUUUCAAAAAACUGAUUACGGAUCUUGGCACGAUUCAGAGUAACAUCUCAAAAGAAUGCACCGGAGAUAAUGGAUGUGGAAUUCCAAGUUCUGUCACUGAUAAGAUGAAUACGAUCGCUUCAUUCCAAAAGCAUGUUUCUGAUUUGGAGAAAGCUCUCGCCGCCUCUUCUAAAAAAGAAUUCGAAGCGCUGAACAAAUUGAACAAACUAGUCGGCAAUAUCAAAAAUAUUCCUGUCAUUGCUGAAGAGAUGAUUACUCAAAUCAAUGGCCUUGUUAAGACUAUCUCGACUGAAGAUCAGGAUGAUAUUACUAUCAAAAUUGCAAACGUGGCCGCCAACAAGAAGAAGAUGUUCGCAAUGUUGGCUGCAUUUGGAACUGGUGCUUCGCUGAUCGAUGCUGUCACUGAGGAAGUCGUGAAAAAUGUUGGAAAUAAGUUUGCUGCAAUCGGCCCUCUUCAAAAAAUCGCCACCGAAUAUAAACUUCAGUCCGAAAAUAUUGUUAAAUUGGGACAAGGUUUGACCACCACGACGGGAAAUCAAAACAACCUGAUGAAAGCUCUUGAUGCCAAUGGUCUCAAUGCAAUCAACACAAAGUUGGACUUUUUGAAUUCUUUGAGAUUCUUGUCAAAUCCGAAUUCUAAACUUAUUGCUGGAUUUCCACAUGGUCUCGAUGACGUAGAAAUGGCGAUGAAGGAUGGUGAAAACAAGUGGUUGAUGGACUUGCUCAGCUCUGGAAAUGAUUUGAAUAACAUCUCAUCAAAACUGGCUACACUCAAGAAUCUGAAGCUGGAACUCGAUCCUCUGAAUGCAGCUUAUAAAACGGCUCAACAAGACACUGGAUUCCAUCCAUCCGGCAUCAAACAACUGCUGUCGGGAAAAUCGGACGUCAUCUCUAAACUCAACAAGACUACGGUAGAUUUUUCCAGUUGUAUUAUGAAUCUGAAACAAGCCGACUACAUAUUUGAUGGAACACAACAGCCCGGAGAUAUUACGUACCCUACGGCAGAAUUCGAGGAACUCAAAUCUACUAUUCAAACAUUUUUGAACCUCAAAAUAUCGGUGGAUCCAGUUACGACAUUCUCAACGAGUAUCAUGGGAAAUAUCCAAAAUAAAAAUGCACUGACUGCGACUUUCAACGACGCAGCCGUUAUCACCUCUGUCACUGGCACUCUCGAAAAUCUGAAAAAGAACGUCAGUAGUGUUCGGGACUAA